AUGCGCGUGUCAGCGUUGAAAUCAUUCGUUAAUUCAAGCGUGAAUUCUUUUUCUUUUGUCGAUUUGGAUGCUGGCGUUGCUGGGCCGACAUCGAGGACGUCGCCUUUGCAGCGUGCCGGUAGCCCCGUGGUGACGAGCAGCGAGCGGCCGGCGAGCCCGGGACCGACACCUGCUUCGCCGCCUUCGCCGAGAUCUAUGUCGCCCGUAGUUGGAAACCAGAGUAUGGCGAUGCCUCCAGGCAGUCAAGGUCCUCCGGCGGAGACCGUGGUGGCGACCACAGAUACCGGCGCUGCCCCUAUUCCUGGCCCUGGCCAGCUGUUGGGCCACGCGAGGGGCAACCAGUUGCCACCACCGCCACAACAGCAGCAACAAAACAUUUACGGACAACACCACAUGCCCCCUCCCCCGCAUGGCGGCCCGGGCGGGAUGUACCCCGGCAGCAAGAUGGGAAUGCCGCCGCAUCAGAUUUACGGCAGUCCUCCGCCACACCAGUAUCCAUCAGGUGGAUAUGGAGCGCCACCGCCCCUUCCGCCGCGGACGCAUUCCGGGAUGGCGCCUCACGGGUAUCCGGCCAGCGGCGGCAGCGGGUACCCGACGACCGGGCCCGGGGUGCCCAUGUCUCAGAGCCCGUACGACGGACGGCCGCCGAUGAGCAACCACGUACCCCCACCGGCGCCGCACACGAACCAAGGAUACCCGCCUUCCGGGCCUGGUCCUGGCCCCGGGCCCGGCGGACCCGCGCCUGGGUAUCCGUACAAUCACCACAUGCCGCAUCACCCGCAGCAACAUCAGGGUUGGAACGGGCCAAGCAUGGCCUCUGGAGCUAAUCAACCACCGCCGGGCAUGAUGAUGAGCGCUGGGAAGCCGGGGUCCCCGAGCGCCGCCGCCAACUCGAUGCCGCCGCAUGCGCAACAGCAACGAGGCGGCGGUGCCGUUUACCUCAAGGAGCACUUGAGAUCGAAGAUGGGCUAUGGACCUCCUGGUGGAAUGGUAUACGGGUCGCCUGGAGGAGUGGGACCGGACGGGGGUCGUCCGAGUGGCGCCCUAACGCCGCCGGGUCUCGCUGGACGUCAGCUUCAGUCGCCCAACUCGCAGGGCAAGCCGCCAACGCCGCAGCCGCCGGGCAUGGUAGUCGGCGGUCUGCAGGCGCAACCCAUGCGCAACGGUGAUCUCAGCAGCGACGGCGGUAGUUCCCAAGGAUCUGUGACAGGAUUGAUGCGUGGUGUUCCAGGUGGGAUGGUGACCACUGGUCCCGACGGAAUGCAGAUUCACGACGAAGGCUCGCAACACUCGACUUUGUCUAAUGCGUCAGCAGCUUCCGACGACACGGCGCCGGCGUCGCUGCCCGGGUUGGCGGGUCGCAAAGAUGGGCGCUUGAGCCAUCCCGCGACGCCUCAGAGCCUCACGAUGGCGCCGUCUCCGGGAACGGGUUCCAUGAACUCGUACCCUGGAGAUACGGACUCGAACUCAGUCGACGGGAUUUCAGCGUCUGGUGGAUCCAAUGCUUCUCAGUCCAUGAUGGCGCCGGGCACGUGGAGCAAGAUGAGCAGUCCGCAACAGAAGCAUGACUCGCUGGGCCGGUUGUUCGAAAUGGACGAGAUGCCGGACAGAAGACCGUUUCUGGAUAAACUGUUGGCGUUCAUGGAAGAGCGCGGAACGCCGAUCACGGCGUGUCCGACCAUCUCCAAGAUCCCCGUGGACGUGUUCCGCCUCUAUCUGCUCGUCAAGGAAAACGGCGGCUUCCUGGAGGUGGCCAAGAACAAGACUUGGAAGGACAUCGCGCUGAAACUCGGCAUCCAGGGCUCCUCAGCAGCCGCCUACACUCUCCGGAAACACUACACCAAAACCGUGCUGCCGUUUGAGUGCAAGUUUGAUCGCGGUGGGAUCGACCCUGGCCCUUUGGUUGCCCAAGUCGAGGCCCAGUCGAAGAAGAAGAAGGGCGGCGCGGCGGCGGCUGCUGCAGCAGCAGCGGCGUCUGUCGUGCCGCCGACGACGCCGAUGGAGUCGGGCUAUCCGGGGUACCAGCCUGGAGGGCCACCACCGCCGCCGCAAGGGAUGUUUGGUGGAUACGGAUACGACUAUCACGGUAGUGGCGGUGGUGGCGGCGGCGGCGCUGCAGGUGCCGGUGGACCCCCGCCAGGUCCUCCGUCGCAACAGCAUCAUCAUCAGCUACCGCAUCCCGAGGUUGCGAAACUUUUUCCAGUGUGUGCGAUCGAAGAGCUGAUUUCGGGCUUGUUUCGAACUGGUUGGAUGAGACUAAAACAGCCGAGCGAAGGUUCUGGUCCUUCGUUCGUGAAGAAAAGUCUGCGAGAACGUGACUCUGGCAUCUCAAGCCACGCGAUCCAAUGCCAUGACGCGUCGGUGAUGAAAGCAGAGGACAUGAUUCCGUUCUUGUUGGAAUGGUACCCUCCGCACGGUGCCUACGGUUCGUACCCUGGCCAUGGGCAGCAGCAGCAGCAGCCAGGAGCAAGCAGUGGCGCCGGAGAUCAAAUGGGCCCUUACAUGCGGUCUGGGGAGUAUCCGCCGCCGCCGUCCGGCUCGCAAUAUGGGCCCGCGGGACAGCAAUAUCCAUCAAGCACGGUGCCGGUGCCGACUUCAGCCGCUGCUGCUGCAGCAGCCGCGGCAGCUGCAGCGGCUGCCGCCGCGGCUGCAAUGCCACCACCGCAGCAACCGCCGUCCUCGGCCCCCUACAAUCCCUACGCGGCGGCGCAGGGAUACUCUCUGCAGGAACAGUAUCAGAACAAAGGAAUUCCUUCACCGUUGCCCGGGGGCGCCCAAGCGGCGCCACCCUCGCCUUCUUCUUCUCCGGCGCGUCCGGGGCUUCCAAUGCCCAGUUCGCAGUCUCAAUUGGCUAGCAGAUUGUCGGCGCAACAGCAGCAGCCGCCGUUGAGGAUGUCUGUUCCAUCGACGACAGCGAUGGCACAACCUGGGGCGCCUCUGCCGCCACCGACGGCGGGAUCGUCCUUGAGAAACGCUCUUGAGGCGCCGGCUUCGACAUUACAGGCUUCUCUACAAGGUUAUCCGGCUGGACAAGCGAGCAUGGCGCCUUCUCAGCAGGGAUAUUCUGGAGCCCAGGGCUACCCGCGGCCACCACCGCCGCAUCACGGCGUCACAAACAACGCACAACCUUAUCCCUACGGGGGACAACAGGCGACCCCGCCGCCGUCGCACGGCCAACCAUACGGCUGGCAAGGGAAUUCUUCGCAGUAUAGCGGUCAGUACGCGCAGUCAUCUGGGUCCUGGGGUACGUCGGGCGGCGGACCGACUCGGACGCACGAGGGCCACGUUUGGACGCCGCCGACGCAGCAGCAGCAGCAACAGCCGCCGCCGUCGACUUCGUCGUCGACGCCCGGAGGACCCGUCGGAGGCCCACCAACGCUGCAACAGCAGUCAGCCAUUGGAGGUCCACCUCCCCCGCCGCCUUCCAGCAUUGCCUCGCCGGCGUCCCCGACGCCCGGCUACCCACCGCAGCCUGUGCAUUCUCAAGCGGGCCCCCCGCUGCCCAUGGCCGGCGCCGCUUAUGGCGCACAUCAGAGACCCAUGGUUGGCGGGCCAGGCAUGGGUCCACCGAUGGCGUACGGGCCGCCGCCGCGAAAAGAGCUGGUUUUCCCGCUGGGCUCGGUGGAGGCGGCCGUGCCGUUGACGACCCGACGGAAGCGGCUCACCAAGGCCGACGUGUCGCCCGUGGAUCCCUGGCGUAUCUUCCUUUCUCUGAAGUGUGGGCUCCUCGCCGAGUCCACGUGGGCCCUGGACACGCUCAACGCGCUGCUCUUUGACGACUCCACCGUCGUCUACUUUGGCCUCCAGCACAUCUCGGGCCUACUCGACAUCCUUCUCGACUACUACCGGCGCUCGCUCAUGGAGCUCUUCGGCAUUUGCUACGACCUCGAGGCGGGUAUGGACCGUCAGUGCAAGCAAAAAGCGGCGCGAGCGUCGAGCCGAAAGCGUCGUUUCUCUGGUGAAGAAAGCAAGACAAAGAAAGCCAAGCAGCAGACGAGUGACGCCGUCAUCGACGACGGCGACGCCGAGAAAGAAGACGCCGCCGUCAAGCCGUGGUACUUGCCCGAGUCGCGGCCAGAACCCGUCUCGGACCUUGGCGCUCCCCUCAAAGAAGACCUCUUGUCGCGUGCGGAACGCGUGCUUCGGUUCGGCGCCGUCGGCGGCAACUUCACGCGCUGCUCUCGCGACGGCAAACCCGUGAAGCUAGAACCCCGUCUGGGCACCGUUUGUGUCCGCGACGCCGUAUCCGCCUGGGACACAAUGGAAGGCUUUGAGGCGCCACGGGACUCCUUCUCCGUGCUCGGGCAGUCAGAUACGAGUCGGCACGUGAUCGUCAACUUCCGCAAAGAGCUUCCCUUCAUCCCGUUCGUCCUCGCCACGGACGGAAAGACGAAAAAGAAGAAGAAGCAGCAACGCGUCAACAACAAUGACAAUGACGACGACGAAGCAGAUGAAGAAGAAGAAGCAGAAGACGAGACGGAGGAAGGCAAGUUGGACGGCGAUGAAAGGUGCAUCGAGACGGAGUUCCUGUCUCGUGACUUGGGCGAAGAGUGUGAUAAGGCGCCGGUGGCGAAGAAUCCACCGAAGCGGAAGGAAGUGAAGCCGCGUAAGACGCUCGAUGACGUACUCGCCAUGAUGCGCCAGGACGCCGGUUCCGCUGCCUUGGAUCUGUCGAGGAAAAGUUGUGACAUCAAGGAGGAAGCGGUGAACGUCGACAAGGACGACGAAAACGGCGCCGACGACGACGAUGUGGAGGAGGAGGAGGAGGAAAUGCCGGCGGCGGUGCAGGCGCAGGAGGAGCAUGUGAUAGUCUGUGAUAGGAUGAACGCGGUGGAAGUGAAAACUGAGAACUUGGUUGCCGAGGAGAACAGAGUCGAAGGCGGCGGCAUUGCGGAAGAGGAGGAGGAGGAGGAACAACAGAAGACAGUGAUGGAGGACGUGCGGGAGACGGUGGUGAACGGGCUUCGAGUGCGAGACCCCGGACGAGUGCUGAGUGGUGCUCAAGGCGAAAACGACGCGGAAUACUUCCUGCCUGACGAAUCGGGCUUCAAUUGCGUCGAGGAAGAGCGGGAGUUCGUGAUGGAACGCGCCUUUUCCGUGUCCAACAUCCUGAGGAACUUGAGUUUCGUGCCAGGGAACGACGCGGAGUUGGGACGGAGUGCCCAACUGCUGCUCAUUAUCGGCAAGCUGUUGUUGCUGAAGCACGAGCACCACGAAGACGAGCGUUUCGUGACGUCGAGCUCGGGCUCGAAGACGAGGCGGUGGCGGAAGCAGAAUGUUGGUGGUGGUGGUGGUGGUGAUAACGUCGAAGCGACGGCAGUUGAACAGUCGUUAUCAGCACUGGAUGACGAACAACGACGGCCAGACAAGGACGGAGACGAGGAGCAGGUGUCCAAGUCGACAGGCGACAAAGAACAAGAUGAGCCGCAAAACGAACAGAAUGAUGAAUCCUCAACAGCCAAUAACAGCACUGCGAAGGGAUCCACGACGGCCGGGCCUGGGCUGGACGACGACUUCCGGAGCGGCGAGAACGCCGCCCCCUGGUGGAACGACGAAGAGAAGAACGUGUGGUGGCGCGAAGCGGUGCAGACGUUGCGCGAAAACGCGCUCGUGGUGCUGGCCAAUGUUGCCGGUGCCUUGGACCUGAGCGUGUGGCCCGAGCCCGUGUGUCGUCCGCUGCUCGAUGCCCUGCUUCAUUGGACGGCGUGCGAGUCGGCCGAGGCGCAGGAUCCGUUCCCCGGUGGCGGCGGUGGUAGCAGUGGACAACCGCUGAGUCCUCAGCGAUUGGCGUUGGAGACGUUGGUGAAGCUCUGCGUCCGACCGGGCAACGUGGACCUGGUGUUGGCGACGCCGCCGACGUCGCGCCUCGGCAAGAUUGCGGCGCAACUCACGCGUUGGCUCGCCAGGGCGUACGACCAGGUGUUGCGUGAGUUCAGUCUGAAUCUGAUCACCGCCUGGACGGACUCGGACGCGGGACUGUGUCGGCUGUUUGGGAUGCAGCCGGGAUGCGUGGCCCUGUUGCUCGCCUUCCUGGAGCAGGCCGAGUCUAUGGCGUUGAGUAUUGCUCAGAGUCACGGCGCCGCUGUGCUCAGGGACAACCCUGAAGCCAUGGGCACGUCCGUCGACAUGCUGCGACGGGCGGCGAGGUCACUGCACAACAUUUCCAUGGUGUCGGAGAACUUGUCGAUAUUGGCUCAGCACGAGACGAGAAUACUGAGCUUGUCAAUGACAACUAUCCUGGACGUUGAAGUUACAUCCAUGCUCACCAACGUCCUGUUCAACAUCUCCGAAGGCAGCCACCAUUCCCUACAGUCCCAUUGACGCCAACCCGGCUCAAUCUCCGAGAGGGAUUAAAAACGAAGUGCAUCAUUCCAUUUUUCUUUUAGGCCAAGAUCGAAUCCAGGCCUUGAGAUUACAGGGGAAGCGGGGGGGUUGUGCGUGUGAAGCUUGAGAAGUAGGAAAACAGCUAUUACCGGUAUUUUAUUUAAUUUUUCGGCGUAUUGUUCAUGAUGAUUAAUUGCCGCUUUUUUGCUUUCUCGGAAAAAGAAAAAAGGGGGAGUAGAGGGUAUCUUUUGCGGCCAAACCGUCAGCUGUGCACUAGAACACGUUUUGUUUUCCAUUUGGACACGCGGCAGAUUGCGUUUUUAUUUCCCCUCUUUUAUUUUCUGUCAGAUUCAGUGUCUGCUUCGUAAUGAUUUGACGAACGUCGAUGAUGAUAGAGUUUGAAUUUCGUUGUUGCUCCGCAUUUGUUUUCCUGUUUCUCAUGCGCAGUCUUUCGUGUGGAGACGGAAGAGACGAGGGGCCUGGAGGUCCUUGUGGUUAAUUUAUUUCGGAUGUUUUUUACGCGUUAUUUGGGAAGUGAAGUGAAGAUUAUGGCGAGGGAUGGACCGCGUGGCAGAAGAAGGUCUUGUGAGUUCUUUGGAUCUAUGGGAAGUCGCGGCGGUCCCUCUUUUUCCUUUUUAUUUGCGGGAAGAGUUGCAGAUCACUGGCCUUUUUUUUGUUUUGUGUGUGCGCUGGCGCGGGUAUUCCAAAAUUUUUCUUGUGACCAGGCCGAAGUAUAGAACAUGGGGAAUCGGACGCGGAGAUACUGACGACGAUUGCUCUGGAUUUUCAUGCGGAUUUGUGUCUAGAAAUGGGUCCGUUGUUUCAUAUGCGGAGAUUGAUGAUGAAGAGAUGGAACGUUACGUGUUUUGUUUUGUUGGUUUUUUUUUCAGUUUCCCCUCAAUGUUCGCUCUCGUCUUGGCACGAGAAAACAGUGAAGAAAAAAAAAGAAUAAAUGUACAGUUUUAACUUGGAA